UGAGGUGCCACGGCGGGGCGGGUCUGAAGGAGGAAUGGCUCCGGCCUCGCUCCACGCUGCCGGAGCGGAACCGAACGACCUUCCUCCCGCCGGGGAAAACCACCUUAACGCGGAGGCAGGAAGCUGCCGGGCCGCCAGGCACCAAUCAGGCCGGCCUGGGGAGGGACGCGGCGGCAGCAGCCGGGAGCGCUGCCGGCGGGGAGCGGAGGCCAAGCCGGGCCGGCGGUGCGCGAUGGCGGAGGGCGGCCCCCCGGGCAGCGGGGAUCCGGCCGCUGUCUCAGGCGGGCAGGCAGGUCGUAACCUGAAAGAAUGGCUGCGGGAGCAGUUUUGCGACCACCCCCUCGAGCACUGCGAGGACACCCGGCUGCACGACGCGGCCUAUGUGGGGGACCUGCCCACCCUCAAGAGCUUGCUGCAAGAUGAGAGCUUCCAAAGCCGGAUCAACGAGAAGUCAGUGUGGUGCUGCGGCUGGCUGCCCUGCACGCCGCUGCGCAUCGCCGCCACCGCCGGCCAUGGCCCUUGCGUCGACUUCCUCCUGCGCAAAGGGGCUGAGAUCGACCUCGUGGAUGUGAAGGGGCAGACUGCCCUCUAUGUGGCCGUGGUCAACGGGCACCUUGAGUGUGCUAAGAUUCUCCUGGAAGCUGGAGCUGACCCCAACGGCAGCCGACACCAUCGCAGCACUCCUGUCUACCAUGCAGCACGUGUGGGCCGGGCAGACAUCCUCCAGGAACUGAUCAGGUAUGGUGCAGAUGUGGAUGUCAAUCACCACCUUCCUUCUCGGGCCCCCAGCCACUCCUUGCGGCCCCUCACUACGCUGGUGGUCUGCCCUCUGUACAUCAGCGCUGCCUACCACAACCUCCAGUGCUUCCGGCUGCUGCUCCAGGCUGGAGCCAACCCAGAUUUUAACUGCUGCGGGCCCAUCAACAUCCAAGGUUUCUCUCGAGGCUCCCCAGUGUGUGUGAUGGAUGCUGUCCUGAGGCAUGGCUGUGAAGCAGCAUUUGUCCAUCUCUUGAUUGACUUUGGAGCUGAUCUGAACCUGGUGAAAAUGGAAGCUUUGGGAGCUGAAUCAACGGGAAGGGUCAAAGUUAACCCUGAGGCUCUGCAGGUGUUCAAAGAAGCAAGAGGCUGCACCCGGAGCCUCUUGUCUCUCUGCCGCAUAGCUGUACGAAGAAUACUUGGCAAAUCUCGUCUGGAUCUGAUCCAUAUUCUUCCAAUCCCAGAUCCCAUUAAACAAUUUUUACUUCAUGAACACAGUUAAAGGGCAACUGGCUGCUUUCUGGGACAGUUUGAUUUGGUAAAUGAGUGUGCUGAUAAAGCCAGGUGCCGAUCCUAACCCUUCAUCCCUGGUGAAAUAACUCUUGUUCAUGGAGUGCACAUAAUUCCCUGUCCCUGUGAUUUUUCCCUCCAAAUUUAGGGUGCAGUGAUCUUUUGUGUCUGUUCUUAAUCUACUGGUUAUCUAACUGGUGAUUUCUUGUUUGCAGCUGGUUGGGCAAAAAGGCUGAUAAGCGUGUGUGGCUGUUACACAAGCAAAUACAAUAUAUCCUAUAGCUGUUAGCAUAUGUCUGUCUGUUCUGACUCUACCUCUGUUAUCGAUCUGUGUUACACACACCCUGGGUCUCAGCGGUGCUUCUGCGUGGAGAAAGUGCCCAUACUUAAGCCUUUCCUCUUCCUAUAUCAUACAAGGGAGUGUCUCCUUGCCUUGGUAAAGGUUUUGCAACAGUACUAUUCUCUUUCUGCCAUCAGUACCUGAUCUACGUGGUUGCUGCUGUAAAAAUUGAUGUAUUUUCUCCUGUUCUUUUCUGGUGUGAAAUACAUCAAGUUUCCUGUCCAGUGCUGUGCAUUACUUGGAAAAUUGUAUCUGUGUCUCUGUGUGCUGCAAGAUAGCUGCUGACUUGGCUUUCUUUGUGUAGAGGCCCCAUCGCACAGAUGGGAGAGUAGCAGAAUGUGUAAUCCUAUCCUGUCUGAGUGGUUUCUUCAGAGCACCAGAUCUGCUGUGGCAGCUUGCCUCUCUCAGCACCAUAAUGGACAAGGCAGGGGUUGGCCAGCCCUCCUCCUGACUGCCUGGGACCGAGUCAAGUCUCCUGACCACUGUCAUAGCACAAGUGAGAAGAGGAAAAGGUAGUUUCACUGCUGGAAACUGAUAGCUGCACAGUUGGCGCGUUCAGUGCCAACCAUUCCCACCCGUUGUGAGGUUAUUCCCCAUGGUCCAAUCACCACUGCAGUGGUGGUGGGACGAGGACUAUGAUACUCAGAUGGUGCCAGCACAUUAACCCUUAAUGAUUUCUGGAGUACUUAUUGGCAAAGCAGAGGCUAAAUUAAUGUUCUGUUCAGUGUAAGAUGAGUUUAAAUAUUUGAAAGUGACUAGGAGCAACAGUGGAGGGGGUGUUACUAAAUUAAACUGUUGGGUUGCUGUGCUGGAUGGUAGUUGAUGCCUGUGAAUGUUUCUGUGAAGAAACAGACACCAAAGCAGUUUCUAGACUGGCUUCAUGCAAUACUGCAGUGAUUGUGAUGUUACUGAAAGCCCAGUGAAGUAGCUGACAAUGCAUAGCACAUAGAGGUCCCUACCUGCAUUUUACUCCAUAUCCCACAGUGGCAGUAUGACCAGAGAAGACCUUCCUAGAUCCACUUACCAGUUCUUCCUAUUAGCAUGCAGCUUCUGCCAGCAUUGUGGGAAAGAGAUAAGGAAGGACUUUUUUUCUUGAAGAGUGAGGUUGUGAUGUGCUUUUUAAAGGCAGUGUUGCAUCCAGCAGCCUGGGCUGCUUUGUUUUCCAGUGCCUCUACAUGGCUAUUUACCUUCAUGUCACAAGCUUACAGAAGAGUGUCAUUUUGCAGUGAAUCAACAGGCUUUUAUGAGGAUCUUGGACUCAGCCAGCUCCUUAAAGGUCCUACUGGUGAACUCAAGCCAUGCUAGGACUGGGGACUUUGACCUCUGUGUGUAUGGGUGUGCAUUCCUUUGACCUUCAGCUUAAAGGACUGUGGUAAAAUGAUUGUGCACAGCAGCAAGAUCGGAUCUGAGAGCGGAUAAGGGGUAUCUGUGGUGGGCCUGGAUCCACGUAUAGCUGAAUAAAGACAUUCCACUGCAAGAA